AGGGAGACGCGGCUUUGGGACCCGCGACUUCGGAACGACCCCUGGAGGAGGCGCGGUGACGGGGUGGGGCAGGCCCGAGGAGGCGCCCCGGGGCACAGCGGCAUUUCCGGUGCCCCCCCUGGCCGUCCCUGCCCCUCCGUCCCCACCAGACCGUGUCCGGGAUGCAGACAUUGGAGCGCGAGGGGAGCGGGCCCGAAGCGAGCCCCAGCGUGAUGUCUGAGGCUGCCCCGGAAUCUCCAUCUGCCCCUGCCAAAUCGCCGACCUUUGAUCUCUUCAACUUGGUUCUGUCUUACAAGAGGCUGGAGAUCUACUUGGAACCGCUGAGGGAUGCAGGAGACGGCGUCAGAUACUUGCUCAGGUGGCAGAUGCCUUUGUGUUCCUUGCUGACCUGCCUGGGCCUCAACAUCUUGUUCCUUACUUUGAAUGAGGGUGCGUGGUACUCAGUGGGUGCCUUGAUGAUUUCGGUGCCCGCCCUGCUGGGCUACCUUCAGGAGGUUUGCCGAGCACAGCUGCCGGAGGCUGAGCUGAUGCGGAGGAAGUACCACAGCAUAAGGCAGGAAGACCUGCAGAGAGUUCGCCUGUCUCGCCCUGAGGCUGUGGCUGAGGUGAAGAGCUUCUUGAUCCAGUUGGAGGCCUUCCUGACCCGCCUGUGCUGCACCUGUGAAGCCGUCUACCAUGUGCUGCACUGGAAGAACCCUGUGGUGUCCUCACGGUUCUAUGGGGCUCUCCUGGGCAUGGUUUGCAUGCUGUACCUGUUGCCACUCUGCUGGGUCCUCACCCUUUUGAACAGCACACUUUUUCUGGGGAACGUGGAAUUCUUCCGAGUUGUGUCUGAGUACAGGGCAUGUCUGCAGCGGCGGAUAAACCCUAAGCAAGAAGAGUUUGCCUUCGCGAGCUCCCUACCACAGGAUGCUGCCGGGAGGGGCGCUCUGCCGGACAGCACGCCCGCCCCCACCCCCACAGACGACCUCACACCAGGCAGUGUGGAGGAGGCUGAGGAGGCCGAGCCAGAUGAGGAGUUCAAAGAUGCGAUUGAGGAGACCCACUUGGUGGUGCUGGAGGAUGACGAGGGCACCCCGUGCCCAGCAGAGGAUGAACUGGCCCUGCAGGACAAUGGCUUCUUGAGCAAGAAUGAGGUGCUGCGCAGCAAGGUGUCACGGCUCACGGAACGGCUCCGCAAACGUUACCCCACCAACAACUUUGGGAAUUGUACAGGCUGCUCCGCCACCUUCUCGGUGCUGAAGAAGAGGCGGAGCUGCAGUAACUGUGGAAACAGCUUCUGCUCUCGGUGCUGCUCCUUCAAGGUGCCCAAAUCCUCCAUGGGGGCCACAGCCCCUGAAGCCCAGAGAGAGACUGUGUUUGUGUGUGCCUCAUGUAACCAGUCCUUGAGCAAGUGAGAAGAGAGGCCAGGCACCUACUGUCAGUAGUCCUGGGGCCAACAGUAGACUCCAUUCUCCCUACCCUGGCCCCUGUGGAGUGUGCUGGGAAAAUGUAGCCUGAUGUUAGGUAGGCUUCCUGUCCUGCUGCUGCUGCUGCUGCCUCCAGCUGGGCUGGCGACGCUGCACCCAAACGUCUAGGGGAGAAGAGCCUUGGAGGACCUGGCUUUUUGCUCUGCUCUGCUCUGAGCCUGGGGAGUGCCCACCAGAGGGCAGAAGUGAGCCAGACCUGCCCUCAGCUGGUCUCUGGUGGUCAGGGCCAGUCUGGCCAGGCCUGGGGCUCCAGGAGACCUGAGGUUGGGAAAAGAGAUUCUUCCCUGAAGGGUAUUGGCUGGUCCCUCAGCAACAGAGAGCCUGCAGGAGGGCUUGGUGCACCACACCCCACUCUGUCCUUUGACCUUCCCUACUUCAGGAUCUGUUUCCCCUUCAGAGGGUGCGGUCAGGAGUAUUCUCGACAUAGGCCCGGAGAUCCCGGUUCCCCAAAGGAGAGGGCCUGCUCUUGUCCUGCAGUACUGAAUGGAUGACAGUGUGGGGAAGCUCCCAGCUUGCAGACACCUUGACCUACGGAUUCUCAGCCCCCAUGAUGAUCCGGUGUUCUGAGUCCAGAGUGCCACAGGAUCCUCAUAUCACUCUGCCCCUCAUACCCUGAGUUAGGGAACCUCGUCUCCCACGUGCCACUCUCCCUUUUGCCCUUGUCCCAUGGAGGGUGAGACCCAGGUGAGUGCAGCAGAGGUCCUGAAGCCCUGGGUCUUCAGGGUCUCGGGCAGUGAGGCCCUUCCUGGGCUGGUUCCUAGAGUCCAGGACUGUUCCUGGAGGGCGGUGGCAUUGCAACGUAGGGCCAUUCGGCUGAUUUCAUGCUCCCUGUAGAUUCUGAGGGGCCCAGUGCCUCUCCUAAGCCAUGAGCUGGCUCAGGCUCCCCUCCCCUGCUGCUCUCCUGCCUUUUCAGAUUAUUUAUUUAUUUAUUUCAUGGUUCCUGGGAACACGCAGCACGGGAGUGGGAAGAAGAGGAUGAGGAGCUUCUGCCUGGGACCCUUCCCUAGAGUCACGGGGUGUCUGGACCCAGAACUGUAGCAUGGAGAUGUUUCUAUGUCCCAGGCAGCACCUUGGGAGUGGGGAGGCAGGGGACGGAUGACUCAUCCAUUUUGCUGCCAGGCCACACAGCAAGGGCUUGGCAGCUGGACUGUGGUCUGUGGGAGACCAGCAGGUGUGGUGUGCCCCUUUAUCAUGGUAGGAGGUGAGGGUUCCUUCUCUGUGUCUGUUCACACUGGAGAGCAGUGGGAAGGAACUCUGGAUGGAGAAUUGUCAAUAAAAGGCCUCAAGCUUA